AUGAAAAAACCCAGCCAAGCUGAGCUGAGAACUAGCACCAAAAAGGGUAGCGAUGAUUGCGCUCGGAAGAUUCCAAGUCGCAGCAAUCGACCUUGGCUUGUCCGUGAUGCGCGCGCAUGGCUCGCGUUAGUCUUGAAUGAAAGUCUCUUCCUCCUCUAUCAGACAACAGUUUAUCUUCACCAGUCUAGAUGCCCUUCUGAACUUGUUCAGUACUUUUCUUCAUUUUUGAUCACAUACAUGAUCAUGAAUAAUUUCAUUGCAAUUGCUGUGCUACUCUUGUUUUGGUUUCUAGUAGCAGCCACUUCCAUCUUUAGCUCAACUGAUGGACAACCAGCAGCUGGUGUUGUUUGCAGUGAAAAGGAAAAAAGAGCACUUCUAAGCUUCAAACAAGGUCUCACGACUGCAAACAGGCUAUCCUCAUGGUCUGUACAUCAAGACUGCUGUCAAUGGGCUGGAGUCCACUGCGACAAUGUAACAGGCAGAGUCAUUGAGCUCCGCCUCAGUGCACAUGAUUCUUACAGGUUGGGUGGCAAGAUUACUACCCCAUUGCUCAAAUUAGAAUUUCUAAGAUACUUGGACUUGAGCUGGAAUGACUUUCAUGGCACGAGUAUUCCAAGUUUCUUAGGUUCUAUGAGAAGUUUAAGGUCUCUGAACCUCUCGAACGCAGGAUUUGUAGGGGCGAUUCCUCAUCAGCUUGGAAAUCUCUCAAGCCUUCGAUAUCUUAAUCUUGGUCUAAAUACACUUUAUGUUGAUAAUCUUAGUUGGAUUGCUCGCUUUUAUUCCUUGGAAUACCUUGACAUGAGUAGCGUUGAUCUUCACAAGGUAACUGAUUGGCUUGAAGUGGUGAGCAUGCUUCCUUCCCUUUCACAACUUCAUCUCUCCAAUUGCCUACUUGACAAAAUGAUUACACCUCUUGGUUUUGUUAAUUUUACGUCUCUUCAAGUCCUUGAUUUUUCUUUCAACCUUUUCGAUUCCAAGAUACCUAAUUGGCUGUUUAAUCUCAGUACUAGUCUUCUUUCUCUUGGUCUGUCGUACAAUUCUCUACAUGGUCACAUACCAGAUGAGAUUGGCCAGCUGAAACAUCUUGAAUAUCUUCGCCUUUCUGGGAACUCAUUUUCUGGUCCCAUUCUUGUGGCUAUUUGAUCUUUCUAAUAAUCAACUGCAUGGCACUCCUCCAAAGAGUCUCUGGCUUCAUACAAAUCUAGAGAUCUUAUCCAUUGAAGAUAAUACGUUAGAAGGCACUGUUUCUGAAGUGAAUUUUGCUACUCUCUCAAAAUUGAAGGCUCUGGGAAUGUCUUCAAACUCUUUCAUCUUCAAUUUCAGCUCCAACUGGUUUCCUCCUUUUCGACUUGAGUAUCUUUCAAUGAGUUCCUGCAAGUUGGGUCCAAAGUUUCCAGCAUGGUUACGAACACAAACUUCUCUUAAGCAAUUAGACAUUUCGCUUUCGGGAAUUUCUGAUGCAGCUCCAGAUUGGUUUUGGAGUUUGGCUGCACAUAUGGAAGUGAUCAAUCUCUCAAACAACUGGAUCAAUGAUGACGUAACAACCGUCUUGCUAAACUCGAGGGUCAUUAAAAUGAGUUCCAACUGCUUCAAGGGCCAGUUGCCACGUCUAUCUCCAA